UUAGCUUAUUGAAGUUCUCUUCAACAAAAGAGCAAGUGCUAUAGACUGUUUUACUUUGUAGUAAAAGAAAAAGAAGUUUAACAUAAGAUGUCUUCAUUAAAAUUACUUUUGGAUUUAGCAGAUAGUUUGGAUUCCAUGUCCUCUCUAUCCCCAUACUAUAGCAGUGAUUUCGGAUUAGGAUUGAAUCCUUAUCAAAUUCAACGAUACCAAAGUCCAAGAGACCUGAGUUUACCCCUUGCUUUAGCGAACUACUUGGAAAAUCGGCCAUUGGAAACGACUCACCGAAGUAGAAGGGUAUCAAACAUUGGAAAAGAUGGAUUCAAGGUUUCGAUGGAUGUCCAGCAGUUCAAACCGAGUGAAUUGACUGUAAAAGUUGUGGACGAUGCUGUAGUUGUGGAGGGUAAACAUGAAGAACGAGAAGAUGAUCAUGGAUACAUCUCACGACACUUUGUUCGUCGCUAUGCACUGCCUAAUAACUAUGACUCUGACAAAGUUAUUUCGACACUAUCAUCAGAUGGAGUUUUGACAUUGAGCAUUCCUAAGCCAGCCAUUGAAAACAAGACAGCCGAGAAAGUCAUACAAAUUCAACAAACGGGACCAGCUCACCUGAAUGUGAAGGAAAAUCGUCAAGAACAAUCCAAAGACUCUGAAGCUAAUGAGGUUAAAUCCUCAAAAAAAUAAAUUUUAAAUAUUUGUUAAAACAAAAUUAACUACCCAGACUGACCUCAGCAUUGCCAACAUUAAUUUACUCAUAAUGCACUAUUAUUAAAUUAAAAUUCAUAAAAUUAAAUAAAUUCAUCCU